AUGGCGACCGCAAUGAUGCCGAAUGAGAAAGGUCGAUUUGGCUACUCCACCUUUGCUGACAGAUUUACUUUAAAAAAAGAUAAUAAAUAUAGGAACCCAAAUUUAAUAAACAAGGCUAAUGAAAUAAUUGCUUCUUAUAAAGAAUUAUCGAAAAAUAAGGAAUGGAAAGAAGCCAAAGAAAAGGAAUUAGAUUUCAAAUCUGCUAACGAUAUCCGAGCUUUUGAUUUCGGGGAAGCCUUUGCUACUCGGGAGGCUAUUUGGGGAAUUUAUCGGCGACUGGCCGAACAAUAUAAAGUGAUGGAGAUAGCGAACGACAUUACGACAAAUAUGGGCAAAGAAGUUGCCAAUAUUAGAGGUUUGUUGUUAGAAACUCAAGAUGUAAAAAAUCAAUUCCGAGAUGUUCAGAAUAAAAUUAUGGAAAUGGAAAAUAGUGCUGAUAAAAUGCGGGAAUUUAUUAACGACAGUGUAACUAAUUUAAAUAAUAGAAUUGGUCUAAUUCGUUCACCCGAUAGUGACAUAAAUAAUUUAAGUAGUCGAUUAGCAACCUUAGAAAGUAAAAUUAGUAGUUUGGGAAGUGGCAGUAGUUCUAGUUCGGGAGGUGGUGUUCCAAUGAGCAAGGUUAAUCAAUUGGGUGAUAAAGUGUCAACAAUUAAUUCAGCGAUAAGUAAUUUGAUAGAUACUUUAAAUAACAAAGGCGAUAUUGCCUCAGCAAUUACAAGGUUAAAAAACACAUUUGAAGAAUUACGAACAACUUAUAAUGCUCUUUAA